CUUGGCUUUAUCGUUUCAUGAUUGGUGCGUUUACGUUUUCCUGUGAGUUCUACGCUUGGCUGCAAGUGUACGGUCGUGUGGAAAUCGAAUAUUAUUUGUGCCGGGAUUAUUAUUAUAACAGAAAAAGUCUUCAACAAUGUCUAAAGUAAAAAAGACUGUUACGUCUUCGACGAACGUAAGUGUCGUGUCAUCAGUGCAAAGCCCAACGCAAACAAGCACACCUAUAGGCGGCGGCGGCCGGCCCAACAGUCCGCUAAGUCCUACAAGACACACCCGCCUCCAAGAAAAAGAUGCUCUACAAAAUCUCAACGACAGACUGGCGGCCUACAUUGAUAAGGUUCGUCAGUUGGAAAGUGAGAAUUCGGGCCUGCGUCGUGAAAUCCAAACCACACAAGAGGUCAUCACACGCGAGGUUUCCAAUAUAAAGGGAAUGUAUGAGCAUGAACUGCAGGAUGCCAGGAAGCUUUUAGACGACACCUCCCGCGAGAAAGCCAAAUUGGAGAUAGAUUCCAAGAGAUUGUACGAGGAAAAUGAUGAUCUGAAGAAACGUCUGGACAAGAAGACGAAGGAUUUGGCUCAGGCUGAGAACUUGGCGCGUCAUUAUGAGAGUCGUUACACCGAGGAGAACAACAAGUACAACAGCGCUCUCGCUGACAAAAAGAAGGCCCAGGAUGAGGCCAGGGAACUCGCUAAAGAACUGGAAAAGCUACGCAAAGUGUACGCGGAUACGCGCAAAACCCUAGAAGAAGAGAUGUUGUGCCGCAUCGACAUGGAGAACACCGUGCAGAGUCUCCGCGAAGAGCUCUCCUUCAAGGACCAGGUGUUCCAGCAGGAGCUGCAGGAGACGCGCACCAGGCGCCAGGUCGAAAUCUCGGAGAUUGACGGUCGUCUGGCCCAACAAUACGAGGCUAAGCUGCAGCAAAGCCUGCAAGAGUUACGCGAGCAACAGGAGGCUAACAUCAAGGCCAACCGUGACGAGAUCGAAGCUCUCUAUGAGAAUAAGCUGAAGAAUCUGCAAGCGGCCUCGAACCGCAACAGCACGGCGGCGACGGUGGCGGUGGAGGAGCUGCGCACCAUGCGCUCCAGACUCGACACGCUCAACUCCAACCUCAACGAGCUCGAGAACAAGAACGCCGCCCUUAGCAACCGUUGCCGCGAGCUGGAGCGCCAGCUGGAGUCGGAGCGCGCGCGGCACGCGGAGGACCUCGCCUCGCUCGAGCAGGAGCUGGCGCGCCUGCGCGACGAGAUGGCCGCCCAGCUGCGCGAGUACGCCACGCUCAUGGACAUCAAGAUCUCGCUGGACCACGAGAUCGCCACUUACCGCGCGCUCAUCGAGGGCGAAGAGGACAGGUUAAAUCUCACUUCCCAAUCUCCGGGUCGUGAGUCGCGCGCAUCCGCGAGCGGGUCUCGCGUGACACCAUCGCGCCGCGCCACGCCGCUGCGCGCUACACGCAAACGCACCUUACUCGACGAGAGCGAGGAGCGCAGCCUGCAAGAUUUCAGCGUCACCUCCAGUGCUAAACUCGACCUGGAAGUCGCCGAGGCCGACCCCGACGGCAACUUCGUCAAGAUCAGGAACACUGGAAAGAAAGAAAUCAGCCUGGGCGGGUUCCAGAUAAUGCGCAAGGCUGGCGAGCAAGAAACCUUGUUCAAGUUCCACCGCACGGUGAAGCUGGAGCCGGGCGCGGUGACGACCGUGUGGUCGGCGGACUCGGGCGCCACGAACGACCCGCCGCGCGACAUCGUCAUGAAGGGACAGAAGUGGUUCGUCGCAGACACGUUCACCACCGCGCUGCUUAACACCGAGCAAGAGAUCGUGGCCAUGUCGAAGCUGCAGCGAAGACAGUUCAGCAUGAGCGAGCAGAGGCGCCGCGAAAUCGGACACAAAUACCCCCGCCGCGAACCGACUGGCGAGGUUCGUGAAGGUGACGAGAACUGCCGUAUAAUGUAAAGAGACCUCGGCAAUCACUCGGGCUAGUGUCCGGACUUUCGCCACUCGGUGCCUCUAACACUCCUCAGGAGUUGUGGACUCUGCCCUAUGGGCAUUCACCCCUAAAGCGUUUCAAAAUAGUAUAUCUUUAUAGCCGGUUUUAGUUCUAUGCCGAUCUGAUCUUUUUAUAUAAGGGAAUUUUUACUUUUCUUAAAAUUAUCUUCACUGUAUUGUUACAAAUGGACAGAGAUAAUUGAUGUGUACUUCAUUUGCUCACAUUUAUUUAUGUCGAGAAUUUGAAUAGAAUAUUAACUAUGAGAUAUAAUUUAUGAAUUAAGGAUAUACCAUGAAAACAUAAUGGAAUAGUUCUGAAACAGGCUUCAAUGGCAUUCAUAUGUGGCAUCAUGUAAAUCAUAUUAACAAAGCUUACUAUUUCUUUCUUGUAUGCUCAUUAAAAACUUUACAUAAUAAAUCAUUGAAAAAAAAUUAUUAGAUGUGAAACUGCUCUACUAAAUACUUUCUAUAACAAUUGCCACAGAAUCCUGUCCAACAAAGUGUCUUAUAAUGUCCAGUGUUUAUUAGGCCGAAGAGGCCAAUAAAUAAUUGAUUAUCCUUGGUUGUCAAUUUUAAGAAUAUCAGCUUUUACAAAUAAUAUUAUCGAUAUCACAGUCAAAUCACUGCCAAUUAUUGUGGCAUUCUCAUUUGUGUAAGUGAGUGAACAAAGUACAAAGUUUUGUUUCACACUUAAGUGGGUAAGUAUAGCUUGUUAUUAAAUCCCCCACCCCUCGAAAAACGUUAGAUGAUAAGUAAUUUUAUAUCAUUAAUUAAUUUAAAUUUUAAAAAUUCAUCUAAUACCGAGAGUUAUAUGGGUAGAUGAAAUCUACUGAUUAUCAUGAUUAUUCUUAGUGAACUUGGACUAGAUAGAUCAUCUUAGUAGGUUAAGUGUCGGUGGACGUAAGGUAACGCGACAUAGCGACGUGACGAUAUGGUUCAGUCAAUCCAUAUAAACAUGAAAAAACAGGUGCAAGUCUCAAAUAAAAGGCUCUCAAGCAAAACAGAAUAUAAAAGCAUUUAUUAUACUAAACCAAUAUAAAUUAAGUGUCAUUAUCAGAUAACAAAAUUAGUAUGUAUUUUAUUUAGAUUAAAAGUAAUUCACGUUUUGUUUACAAAUUAUACAUUUUGGAAUCUAAUUCAUGUGGGUUUUGUUUUCGGUUAUUGUAUAAUCUCAUGAGACUUUUUAAUUUGGACCUAGUUUGUAACUUCUGUGUGUAAUAAAAUACAUAUUAUAAAAAUAAAGUAUAUUUAGGUGUAAAA